UGCAGCACCACCGCUGCGCUGCGUUUCCGCCUUGUCUGAGCGGCGCACACAGCCGUGAGGGGAGGGAGGGAAAGCCGAGAGGAAGAGCGGAGCCACCGAGACGCAGUGGGGCACAGCACGGACUCCGAGCAAAUUACACCGACGCACCAACAUCUCAGCGGCCGUCUCCAAAUUUUUAACACGCCAAGAAGCGACCUGUGCGGCGCGCGGCAGAGCCUUCCAGCAUGGAGACUGCGCUAAAAAACAAGCACUAAAAUGUGAGAUUUACAGAGGAAAUCAGAAGAGAGAGAGAGAGAGAGCGCGCGCGUGUGUGUGUAUGAGAGAGAAAGUGGCUAUCCCCUUUAUCUUUUGCGGGUGAUCUCAAUUCUGUGCUCUGCAGUCUGAAAAUGAAGAAGUUCAACAUCAGGAAGGUGCUGGACGGCUUGAAGGAGGCGUCCUCCUCCACCCCAUCUGUCCAUGUGGGGCCACAGGAGAACCAUCUGAUCCAGGAGACCCUCCAGUCCGAGCAUUUCCAGCUCUGCAAGACUGUCCGUCAUGGCUUCCCAUAUCAGCCGUCGUCCAUGGCUUUCGACCCUGUGCAGAAGAUACUGGCCAUCGGCACCCAGAGUGGAGCUCUCAGAUUGUUUGGUCGUCCAGGUGUGGAGUGUUACUGUCAGCAUGAGAGUGGAGCGGCUGUCAUCCAGCUACAGUUUCUCAUCAACGAGGGAGCACUUGUGAGUGCCCUAGCUGAUGACACUGUCCACCUGUGGAACCUGAGGCAGAAGAGACCAGCCAUCCUCCAUUCCCUCAAGUUCAGCAGAGAGAGAAUAACUUUCUGCCACCUGCCCUUCCAGAGUAAAUGGUUGUACAUCGGCACAGAACGAGGGAACAUCCACAUUGUCAACGUGGAGUCUUUUAUGCUCUCAGGCUACGUCAUCAUGUGGAACAAAGCCAUUGAACUGUCCUCCAAGGCUCACCCAGGACCAGUUGUCCACAUAAGUGACAACCCCAUGGACGAGGGAAAGCUUAUAAUUGGAUUUGAGUCUGGGAUCGUGGUCCUGUGGGAUCUGAAAUCAAAGAAGGCCGACUAUCGCUACACUUACGAUGAGGCGAUCCACUCAGUUGCCUGGCAUCACGAGGGCAAGCAGUUCAUUUGCAGUCACUCAGACGGAACUCUGACCAUAUGGAACGUCAGAGGCCAGGGCAAGCCCAUACAGACAAUCACCCCACACGGAAAACAGCCCAAGGACGGGAAAAAGCCAGAGCCUUGUAAACCCAUUCUCAAAGUGGAGUACAAAACCACUAGAAAUGGGGAACCCUUCAUAAUCCUUUCUGGUGGUCUCUCCUACGACACGGUGGGCCGGCGGCCUUGUCUGACGGUAAUGCACGGGAAGAGUACAGCUGUGCUGGAGAUGGACUACCCUAUAGUAGACUUCCUCACACUCUGUGAGACACCAUACCCUAAUGAUUUUCAGGAACCUUACGCUGUGGUGGUCCUUCUAGAAAAGGAUUUAGUGGUGAUCGACCUUGCACAAAAUGGUUACCCCAUAUUCGAGAACCCCUAUCCUCUGACUAUCCACGAGUCUCCUGUGACCUGCUGCGAGUACUUUGCCGACUGCCCUGUGGACCUCAUACCUGCACUUUACUCUGUUGGCUCGCGGCAGAAACGACAGGGCUACAGCAAAAAGGAAUGGCCUAUUAGUGGUGGAAACUGGGGUCAAGGCACACAGAGCUACCCAGAGAUCAUCAUCACUGGGCACGCUGAUGGAACUGUGAAGUUCUGGGAUGCCUCUGCAAUAAUGCUCCAGGUGCUCUACAAGCUCAAAACAGCCAAGGUGUUUGACAGAAACCGAUCCAAGGAGGACAAGAGCAGCAUGGAAGUGUCAGAUGAAGACCCCUUUGCCAUUCAGAUCAUGGCCUGGUGCCCUGAGAGCAGGAUGCUGUGUGUGGCUGGGGUGUCAGCCAAUGUUAUCAUCUACCGCUUCAGUAAGCUGGAAGUAACUACUGAGGUGGUGCAGUUAUUAGAGGUGCGAAUGCAGUAUGAGCUGAAUGACACAGAGUCUCCAGAUGGCGGGGGUGGAGGGGGGGAACAGACGUCGGCGCUUCCCACCCCUGGUGCCUCCCCUCAGACAAGCGGCCCACCAUCGCACCCCUCCACCAGCAGCAACAACUCUGACGGAGGCAACAUGCCCUGCCUCAAAGUGCGCAGCACUCCUAUGAAGCAGUCCCCAGGUUACCAGGUAGAUUUGGUGGUCCAGUUAGUGUGGGUGAGUGGAGAGCCUCCUCAGCAGAUCACAAGUCUGGCGCUCAAUUCCUCCUACGGCCUUGUGGUGUUUGGCAACAGUAACGGUCUGGCGGUGGUGGACUAUGUCCAGAAGACAGUUGUGCUCAAUUUAGGGACGGUCGAGCUGUACGGCUCCAAUGACCCCUACCAGAGACAGCCCCGCUCUCCAAGAAAGACACGACAGCCCUCUGGAGGUUUGUGCGACAUCAAUGAGGGCUCAGCAACAUCAGAGGACCGCUGCAAGUCCCCUACUUCAGCAAAGAUGUCACGGAAAUUAAGCUUGCCUACUGAGCUAAAGCCAGACUUGGACCACCGGGACAAUUCUUUCAGCCGCUCACGCUCCUCCAGUGUCACCAGCAUCGACAAGGAAGCUAAAGAAGCCAUCAGUUCCUUCCACUUUUGCGAGACCUUCGCCCGGAAGGGGGACAGCACUUUGACACCCUGCCUGUAUGUGGGCACCUCCCUGGGCACCGUGCUGACUCUGGCUCUCACAUUGCCACCUGCUGGGGAACAACGGCAACUUCAGCCAGUUAUCAUUUCACCUACAGGCAUGUUGGUACGGCUGAAGGGCAGCCACUUGCGGAUGGCUUUCUUGGACUCCACAGGUGCCCUGCUGCCCCCUGCUUUUGAUCCUUGGUAUGAACCCAACGUUACAGCAGAUGGCGAAGAAAGAGAGAAGGUCCGUAAACGCCGGCCCGUCUCAGUUUCCCCUUCCACCUCCCAGGACCUCAAUGAGAGCCAGUACGCCGUGGUGUGCUCAGAAAAACAGGCCAAAGUCAUUUCCCUGCCCUCCCAGACCUGCAUCUAUAAACAUAGUAUCACAGAGACUUCCUUCAUCCUACGGGCAGAUGUGGUGCAGAUGAGCCAAGGCGUGUGCCUGGCGUGCUUCUGUGCUAACGGCCACAUCAUGACCCUCAGUUUGCCAGGACUGAGACCACUCAUGGAUGUAAACUACCUGCCUUUGACAGACAUGCGGAUAGCCAGGACGUUCUGCUUCACCAACUUGGGUCAGGCCAUGUACCUCUGCUCCCCCACUGAGAUCCAGAGGAUCACUUACAGCCAGGACACUUGUGAGAACCUGCAGGAGAUGCUGGGUGAAUUAUUUACACCAGUGGAGACACCGGAGGCGCCCAACAGAGGGUUCUUCAAGGGUCUCUUUGGGGGAGGGGCACAGUCACUGGAUAGAGAGGAACUAUUUGGUGAGGUAGCAGCUGGAAGGGCAUCCCGAAGCCUGGCCCAGCACAUCCCGGGCCCGGGUGGCAUUGAGGGCAUGAAGGGGGCAGCCUCUGGUGUGGUGGGAGAUUUGGCACGUGCCCGGAUAGCACUGGAUGAAAGAGGCCAGAAACUGGGUGAGCUGGAGGAGAGGACAGCUGCGAUGAUGGCCAGCGCAGAUUCCUUUUCCAAACACGCCCAUGAGAUGAUGCUGAAGUGCAAAGACAAAAAAUGGUACCAGUUCUGAUCAGUGAUGGGGGAGGAGCGGAGCUCCGUGGACACGACUGUCACCUUCCAUUAGCUCAUUUGGACUCACAGUGACCCCCCCCCCACCCAUCCGUCUGUCCAUUCAUCCGUCCCUCCAAGCCUUCUUCACUGAGACACUUGGGAUUUUCUUCCCUAGCACAAUGUUGAAUACUGUUCUUACCUCAGUCUUAGGGUGGAACUGAGGGGUAGACAGGGGAGAAGGACAACCUCAGAGGGAGCAAAUAAAUGGUGUCUUUUUUUUA